AUGUUCCCACAUCUCAGAGAAGGUACUGACGGUACACAAAAUAACAAUGUUGGCCUAGGAGAGUCAAUGACGUCAAUGUGGGAGAAUUUAGCUCCUCAUUGGCAGUUGGCUGUCGUUGGUGGCGGCGUACUUACCAUACUCCUACUCCUACUACUUUUCUGCUGUAUUUGUUGCUGUAGAACAAGGAAAAAAGCGUCGAAAGAUCGUGCUGGAGCCUCUGCGGCUCAUUCUCUUCUACCAGCCACUAAUCCUCCAUCUGUCGUUAAUAGCGCAACAAAUUCUGCCUAUUAUCAACGAAAACUGAAUGGAACCUCAACUCCCAUAGUAAAUCGAUCUGGCAUUGGUACUGGUCCCAUGGAAAUGGCAUCACUUCUACCCAGUCAUGCUGUACCACCACCCUAUAGCGAUGGAUUUGUUGUACCGGCUGAAGAACCCUAUCAUAUUCUUGAAAUCCCUGCUAAUCAGGUAGACACUUUCGCUAUAUUUUGA